AUGCCCAAAUCAAAGCCCUCUCAGAGGGGCGCCAGUUCCCCCAUCGGCCAAUUACUCGGCAUCCUGGGCGUGCUAACCGCCCUCCUAGCAUCAAUGGUGUACCUCGCGGAGCGGAACCUGGACAAGUUCUACAUCUUUGACCUGGACGAGCUACACGACGUGUCCAAGAGGGGCCUUGCCGAGCAUGGCAACGACACGCGCGCCGUGGUCAAGUACAUCGUCGACGACCUGCACAAGACGCACGGCGCGCACAUCAACCUCCAGGAGGACUGGGUGUUUAACAACGCCGGCGGUGCCAUGGGCGCCAUGUACAUCAUCCACGCUAGAACGGCGAUUGGCACCGAGGGCCACACGGGGCGGCACACCGCAGACGACUACUUCCACAUCUUGACGGGCGAGGAGUGGGCGUACGUGCCGGGCGAGUAUGAGCCCGAGGUGUAUCCCCCCGGCAGCGUGCACCACUUGCGUCGCGGAGAGGUCAAGCAGUACCGGAUGCCGGACAAGUGCUUUGCGCUCGAGUACGCGCGGGGAUGGAUCCCGCCCAUGCUCUUUUUCGGCUUUGCGGACGGCUUGUUCAGCACCCUUGACUAUCCGACUUUGUGGAAGACGACGCAUUUGACGGCCAAGCAGAUGGUUGGGAACUUGCUCAGGGGCAAAUUCUAG